AUGUCCUUCAACUGGGAUGCAGCACUGGAAGGUUCCUCUAUGGGUUACCUGAGUCUGCCCUAUAAUCAGGAGCCUGAGGCGUUGCCACGGGUCAUUAAUGUUUCUAUUGUCAAGGAAACUGAUGAAGGCCAUGCAGUUAUCUCUCGACGGAAACGUAACAUCCUUUUCCCGAGUGGAGUCCAACUCUGUGCACAGGAGACCGCCCAGCAGGUCGUGGCAAACCACCUGAGCUACUUUCAUCUCAGAGUGUGCCAGGAGACCAUAUGGGAGGCUUUCAAGAUCUUUUGGGACCGCCUCCCAGAGCAGGAAGAGUACCAAAGCUGGAUGAGCCAAUGCCAAGAGGGCACAGUCACGGCACACGAUGUUGGCAGCUACUUUAGCCAAUCAGAGGAGCAUCAGGAUCUGGUUCAAAAGAGAAUGUCAAUGCCAGUGAGCCCACCAGGUCCUGGCAACAUAUGUGCAGAAGACCAAGAUAAAGGAGAGACGGUGCAGGAAGCAGCCGCCAUAACCCCAGAGGUGGUGGAGAGUCCAAUGGACAAUGACAUUGCCAUGCAGACUCCCACCCCCGCUGUGCUGGAGCAGGUGAUGGAGCUGAGCAUUCUUUUGACCAGUGAGAGGUACAGCGACGAGCUCCAUGAUCCAUCCAGCCUCCAUCACCAAAAGCUCAGCAGACAGUUUGCUGAAAAGAUAGAGGACGCUCUGGAGUUGCUUCCUGGAUUUAAGAGCAUGUCUGUGCUGGACUUCAGGCCCCAGAAGGACAGUGAAGGGCUGGAUGGCGUGGUGGUGGACUACACUGUCACAUUGGUGGUGAAUGGAGCAGGAGUGAGCACUGACCAACUGGACUACCUGACCUUGCAGUCAAACCUGGUGGAGAACUCGUACCGUGAGGUCAUGGAGCUCCCCACGGUGGUCUACACCAUCAGCGAGGUGAAAAACUUCAUCACUGAAGCCCUGCAUAACGACGAGCUGGAGAGUGUGUCUGAGGUCCCUGAAUCUGUCAACGCUGCAGACGGAGCCACGAUUGAUGCUGUUGAUGAGGCACCAGAGGUCAUGAUCCUGGAAGAGGACACAGAGGUUGUCAACGAAGACUACGUCCUGCCUGAGCCCUCUGAAACCAACACAGUGGCGAACACAGAAAAUGACGUCAUUGUCCUGGAUGAGAGUGAGGUUAUGUCUCCUGCGCCUGGCCUGACCACUAGUGCACCUGAAGCUGGCAGCAUUGAGGAGGAGGGUCUCUUGCUGGGAGACAUUGUGCAGACUCCUGCUGUAGAAACCCAUCCACCAGAGAAGCUCCCAGCUGAGCUCCCCUCCCCUGAGCUGCCAGAUGGCGUCACGCUGCCUGAACCACCAAUGGAGGUCGAGGCCUCUGGUUCGGGCAAAGACAACCUGGAGGACCUGCUCCAGCCAUCUACACACACAGAGGAAGGAGAAGUGUCUCUUGAGGAGACUGGCUCAGAAGAUGGGCCAAUAACAGAGGAUAUAGCCAUAAAUGCAGAUGCCAUCUCUGAAGCUGAAACAGAGAAUGUUGAGGUUGCUGCAGUGGAAGAAGAACCUACUGCUGCAGCUUUAGAAGAGGAGCAUCUGGAUGAUGUUGUUGUGAAUGAGGCAGAGAUUCCAGAGGAGCUCGAGAUCUCUACAAUCGCAGCUGAGACCACAGAAGAAGGCCUGCCUGUCCUGGUCCCACCUCCUGAGGCUAUAGAUGUAGCGAGUGAAGCACCAGAGCCGGAGGCAGUAGAAACAGGUCUGCUUCCUGUUGGUGAAGACCCGGGGGAGGGCACAGAAGAAGAAUCCAUCCUCACAGAUGUUCCAUCUGUAGAUGAGCAGCCCGCGGAAGAAGCCGACAUCAAUAUGGUUUCGACCUAUCCUGAUGAACCUGUAUUUGAAGAGGGCGGCAUGGAGGAAGCAUCAGAGAGCGAGGGACAGGAGGUGAAAGAAGAGACUGCACCUGAAGCUCCACCUGCAGAGGAAGAAGGCCCAGCAGCUCCAGAGAUCUCUACAGAGGAUCUUACCGAGGAUGAAAUCUUACUGGUCAGGAAAGAUGAACUAGAGCCACCAGUGACAGAUUCUGUGAGCCCUGUCGAACCGACUGUUCUCUCUCCAGAGAGGGAGUCGCCUUUCACCCGUAUCUCUGACGUUGACCCGGCCUCUGAAAGGCAACCUGACAUCAUCAUCCCUUCACUGAUGGAGAUCCAGACAAUUGGCCAAGGCUUGGACGAUGCCACCAUCGGAGAGGGAGACUAUGAUGUGAUCCAUUACGGUUACGAUUUGAUUAACCACACAGAGGAGGGCAGCACUGGCUUUCCAUUCGGUGUGGCACACGGCACAGACCAAGGCAGUAUCGCCAUGCCAGUGAACCCUGGAAGAGCACUGAUGGUGUUCUUCAGCCUGAGGGUGACCAACAUGAUCUUUUCAGAUGACCUCUUUAACAAGAGCUCCCCAGAAUACAAAGCUUUGGAGCAACGCUUUAUAGAGCUGCUUGUGCCCUACCUGCAGUCCAACCUGAGCAACUUUGAGAACCUGGAGAUCCUGAACUUCAGGAACGGAAGUAUUGUUGUCAACAGCCGGAUGAAAUUUGGCAAACCUGUGCCACAAAGCGUCACCACCACAGUUUAUCUGAUCUUGGAGGACUUCUGUAAUACAGCCUACCAGACCAUGAACCUGGCCAUCGAUAAAUACUCACUGGACGUCGAAUCAGGUGACAAGGCCGACCCCUGUAAGUUCCAGGCAUGCAACGAGUACGCAGAGUGUAAGGUGAACAAGUGGUCAGGGGAGGGGGAGUGUGUCUGCAAUGCCGGCUACUUCAGUGUGGACGGCCUGCCCUGUCAGAGUAUCUGUGAGCUGCGGACGGACUUUUGCCUCAAUGACGGCAAGUGUGACAUCAUCCCCGGCCAGGGAGCCAUCUGCAGGUGUCGCGUCGGGGAGAACUGGUGGUACAGAGGAGAGCACUGUGAGGAGUACGUAUCUGAGCCGCUGGUGGUCGGCAUAGCGAUUGCUUCUGUAGCUGGAUUCCUAUUGGUUGCCUCUGGAGUCAUCUUCUUCCUCGCCAGGACGUUACGGGAUCAGUAUGACAAGGACGAGUUAGAGGACCCCAUACGGCGAGCAGAGAGUGUCCCGUCUCUGGAGAGGGCAACCAAGUACAACCCCAUGUAUGAGAGUGAGGCCACCACAGGCUACAGCCAUUACUACCGCCGCUACCCUGAGGCUCCUGUGUACAGCAGCGCCAGCGCUGAGGCCUCCACUGACUUCAGCAGCGAGGAGAUACGGCACAUCUACGAGAACAGUGAACUAACCAAGGAGGAAAUCCAAGACAGGAUACGCAUUAUUGAGCUCUACGCAAAGGACCGUCAGUUUGCAGACUUUGUACGGCAUCAUCAAGCGUAA